AUGGAACCGGGAAGUCUAUGGUCUGAAGUAAUAGGCUCGAUACAUGUAAAUCAAAGAAAAGUUGAAUCUAUACCAUUUAAGAAAUCCAUGGUGGGGGUUUGGAAAAAUAUUGGGGAUAUAGCCAAGGAAUUCAUGAAGAAUGGUAUAAAUAUCAACACAAGUUUCAGAAGCAAGGUGGGUUUGGGGGACAGAACUUUGUUUUGGGUCGAUAUUUGGCUGGGCAACGCAACGUUGAAGGAACAAUUCCCAUGUUUAUAUCAGCUAUCAACUAAGAAAAAAGCAAAAGUCCAGGAAGUAUAUAAAGUCGUGAAUGGGGGAAUCUUAUGGGAUUGGGCAUGGAGUAGAGUCCCUUGCAGUGAUGCGGAAAAACAGGAGAUGGUUAGUCUGAUACACCGUUUACAACAGAUAAAUAUAGUAAAUAAAGGAGAUGUUUGGGUAUGGAAAUACAACGAGGACGAAGAAUUCUGUGUAAAGUCGGUUAGGCACACGCUGGAGCGCAACUUGGAUAUAAAUGCAUUGCCGAACUCGUUCUACUGGAAUAGCUGGGUUACAAAGAAAAGUUCAAUGUUUGUCUGGCGGGCAAUUGAGGAGAAGAUUCCGUCGGCUGCGGCUCUAAGAAACAGGGGAAUGGAUUUGCAGGACGUCACGUGUAAAAUCUGCGGUGAGGAUGAAGGAUCAGCGGUCCAUAUUUUGUUAAAAUGCAAUUUCGCAAAAAGGGUAUGGAACGAGGUGGCAAAGUGGACAAAGACGCCGAUGGUGAACAUGGAAGGCAACUUAACAGAAGUUCUACAAGCUUUUCUGGAUAGUCAAAGGAGCCGGAAUAUUAAAAAGAUUCUACAUGCUAUUGCUAUUCAGUCGAUGUGGAUAUUGUGGCUAAACAGGAAUGAUAAAAUCUUUUCAGGAAGGAACCGAACUGUCCAGAUGGUUAUAGAAGAAAUUAAGGAAUCCUCAUUACAAGGUGUGAGCCAACGUUCAAAGCAUAGAUCUAUUUCAAAGCAAUAA